AGAACGAUUCUAAUCUUGCGAGCUUGACCAUUCCAAACUACCCACUAUCCUCAAUUAUAAAUACUAGCCCUGCUGACAGAUUGAUCCAAGAGCCUGUCCAUAGCAACCUCGCUCGAUCGGUACUCAUUCUCCCUUCACAAUAUGCAUUCCCCUGCAUCAUCUACUCUUUACCUCCUCUGCUCCGCUCUCUUUAUCCACGCAGCUCUGACCACUGCCGUCGAUCCUCUUCAUGCUGCGUGCUCCACCUCCAAAAACUACACAUCACAUGGCGCUUUCAGCAACAGCUUGCAUCAGAUGAUGUUCCUGCUCGCGACAAAAGCGGCACCGAUCGGGUUCGCACUCGGCUCCGUCGGGCACGGCGACAGCCGAGUGAACGGCCUGGCGCUGUGCCGCGGCGACGUCCGAAGCUCAGCAUGCGCCGCGUGCAUCCGCUCUGCUGGCGCCCGAGUCCGCGACCUCUGCCCUCGCAACAACGAAGCCAUCAUUUGGUUCGACGAGUGCAUGCUGCGGUACUCGGACACGGAAUUCUUCGGCGACGUCGACUACGACCACAGCUUCUCCUUGUUCGAUCCUAGGAACACGUUUAACACUGGGAAUGUUUCAGACGCGAAGGCGUUCUACGGAAAGGUGGAGUUCUUGUUGGAACGGCUGAAAAACAAGACCUACAUCUCGCCGUUGCUUUUCGCAAACCAAGAAUUGGAGAUAGGAGAGUCGAGGAAUCUGUACGGAGUUGCUCAGUGCACGAAAGAUAUAUCCGGUGGUGACUGCAAGAAGUGUCUGGAGGCCGCCAUUAACAAGCUUCGCGGUUGUUGCAGGGGGCAACGAGGGGGAAGGGUAGUAGGUGGCAGCUGUAACAUGAGAUACCAGUUGUACCCUUUCUUAGAUGAUGCCUAGGAUCGAUGUUAGCAUCCAUUUUGUUUUUUUUUUUCUGUUUUUUUUUUUUUGGUGUUUUGUGUAGCCAGUAACAAUUCUUAGCUGACAAUAAUUAAAAGAAAUGUUUCUCAAUA